AAUACCUCCACGGCUUUCAGCUUUCAGCGAAUCGACAUCUAUCUGGGAUCCUGAUCAUCAUCCCAUUCGACUCUUGACAACAUCUCCAUCUUCAUACUCUUUUCAAAUCCCCUCUUUCCUAAACACACACGACUAAUAUCAAGGCGGUUUCUUCACUUGAAGCGAGACCUAGCCCAUUGGUCAUUCCUUCGAAGCAAUCUCAUUUCCCGUCUAUUUAGAACAGUGUAAGAUACCAUACCAAAAUGACUCGCUAUGCCGGCUCUACGCACCUUUCAGCUCAAACCCCUCAUCAACGUAUCAGGCGAGAUGUCUCAGACUCAGAUACAUUCUUCAUUCCCGACAGCUCUCCUUUAAUCUCAUAUGCCUCCUCAAGCUCCAGCUUAUCCCCCUGGACAUCAGGUUACUCUUUUCAAGCGGAUGGGUACGACGAGACAGUACAUCUCACAACGACCGAUAACUCUACUCUUUCAUUUAAUGUCACUGGUAAGUCUCAAAACUCUUGAUUAUCGCAUUUCUUUUUCGGGAACAACGAAAUUCCUUUGCUGCUUGACAUUGGUGGAGCAAGUCAACCUGGUCUUUAUCUCCAACCGCUCCAUGUUAUGUGAAUGCUAAGUUUCCCCCCUCGUGGCGCAUAGCCACCUCUCUCACCCUGCUCAUCCCCACCUUCUCAUCCUGCUCCGCCACUAUAUCCAUCAACGCCUCCACACCCAUUACCGCCUGCGCGUCCAACUCGACCGGUCAUGAAAUCCCUUACGCCCUCUCCUCCCUUCCUUCCGGGUCUCACCAAAUCACCUGGAACUCUGGUCCGAUCCCUCCCUCUGGACAGGUCAUCUUUCGGGGCAUUGAGGCGCAACGGCCUGUUGAACAGGGAGGGAGCGGGAAAGGAACGAAUGUGACGAUUGAUGAUACAUAUCUGUAUGGAUCGUAUCCAAACUCGGUGGAUCUAAAGUUUGAAGGGGAUUGGACGCAUUUGGGGAGCGGGAGGGGAAUGCAGACGAGUUUGAGUGAAGCGGGAAGUUUGGGGAAUGAUUUUAAUAAGACGUUGGCAGUAACAACUUCCAAAGGGGCUAGCAUUACUUUUUCAGGAAUGGGAUCGGCAAUCUAUUUAUACGGCACAAUCGGCCCCGAUUAUGGGUUAGCCCAGUUAUCUUUAAACGGAAAUGUUGUCGCGCCGUCUAUGAACUUGUCUUCACCUUGGUUGAUGGCGUAUGAGCUUCUAUGGUUCCGCACAGAUCUCGACAGCAGCCAGAUGACGAAUGUAACAAUGACCAACCUCGAUGAAAGCAAGAUGGCCCUGGAUUUUAUCAUCCUGACAGCAAAUGACAAUGCGUUAUCGGAAUUAUCUUCAGACAGCAGCAGUUCCUUCAUCUCCUCCGUCGGCGGUAAACUCAUUCUCUACCUCGCUAUGCCUCUUUCUAUCAUCUUCCUCAUCAGCGUGUUCUCAUUCUGGCUCAUCAGACGCCGGCGCCGGCUUCGUCGUCGUACUAGACCACGACUCCAAGAAUCGAUUUUAUCCUUGCACGCUUCUCCUUCUCCCAUCAAGGGUAGGAGCGAGAAGCAAUGGUAUCUCCCGUCUCCACGUCGACCAAGAUUGACACCAAGCGGCACAAGUGAUAGAUCCUCAUUGACGCUUAGUGUAGAAGAUGUUUUCAUUUCUUAUGAGGAAGCAAUGGGUAAGGAAUUGUCGAAUAAGUGGUACAAUAGCCCAACAACGCCUUGGCCUUCGUCCCAGAGGGGUAGAACGACUGAGAGAAGUGUGUUUGCAUCAGCAUUUGGGCUACCGACCGUCACUGAUGAGAUUACAUGGUCAGAGGGGUCCCAGAGUCCCGAGAGUCCUCAGAGAUCACAGAGAUCUGGACGUUCCGGUCGAUCUGGUUACUCUGAUCGAUCCGGGUCGAUUUCAAGGUUCGGAACGAGUAAUGGAAGGAGAGAGAGAGAUGAGGGAAUGAUGUCGGUGUUGGAGGAGAAUGAUGGAGCGACUACUACUUAUACAGAUAGCAGACGAACAACGGCGUUACCAGCAUACUCGCUAGAGGAAACGUUCAUGACGCAUUACACGCCUAGUGACGCUGAAAACUCCAUUACUCAUGGGACCCCAAUACAUGUCCAUUCGGCCAAUACAUCCCCCUCCAGCCGGUACCCUACUGUCGAACAGGAAAAAGUCACUCAGUUCCACACGUUCCGGGACGUAUCCUCCUCCCCCACCGCUUCUGUCCCAGGCCAUUCGGGCAAUACUACUUCCUCGUUUCGAUUUCAAAGGUUAUCGAGCGAUGAACCUCCUCCUAGCCCAAUGACGAAGAGAGCGAGUACGAUUGCUCCGAGCGACAUCAUCUCCAUCUUUGGGGUGCCCCCUGCAAGCGAGCGAAGAAUGAGCAUGAUGACCGACCAUACUUCCAACUCUGCUUGUCAUCCCUGGCUCUCCCUUCCCGGAUGUGCGGCAGGGGAAUUCCCGCCGCCCUUACCUACCAUCUCGACGUAUACCGGAUUCAAUUUGGCUUCUACUAUAACUUCUUCCGGUUCUGGAAGACCAACGCCAACCAUCAAUACCGAUAUGGAGCGCAAGGCGUUCGGGCUGCCGUAUAUGACUCCACAAUCGGUAUCAGGGUUGGGAUCAGGGGCAAGAUCGUCACGAAUCUUGACACCUCCCAAAAAGGUUCCUCCAUCCGCCUGGCCAACAGACACACCUCUCUCCCACUGUUCUUUCGAUACCAACCCUAUCUCCACCUCCACUUCGUACCCUACUUCCACUUUCACUUCCGAUUACACUUCCAUUUCUACUUCAUACGGCACACCCAAGGUUAUCCAUUUCACGACCACCCAUGCCAACCUUAUCCCCUGGGCACCGAUCCCUUACACUAUUCCUGUAUGUGAGAGUCCCCUUGCAGGUGUUGCUGGCAUGGGCGUGGACAUGAAUGGAGGAGGCGGAUUGGGGUGGCAUAAGCGUAGUUUGAGUAACUGGAGUCAUCUGACGGCGAGAAGUGCCGCGAGGCCGGAUAGCGAUGUUAUGCCGUUCGAGAGUUUUAUAUAUAGUUUAAAUGGGGCCGCAAUGGAGGAGGCGGAGAGGCAACGGGCUAGUGAAGGGGCGUAAAGGAGGCUAUCAUAAAGGAAAGAAGUGACGUUUGUGGGAUCUCAAACUGUGGACAAUCUGUUAAUUUAUCAUUUACAGCUUUAAUUUCAUUUUCUUGAUAAACACAUAUAAUUAGGAUGAAAAAUCAAUGCAAAUCAUACCAACUGACUCGUCAUGAUGAACUGAGAUGACUCAAGCCGCCUGUCCCUUUCCUGUUCCUCCGCUUAUUAACCUCCCAGCUGAAGCAGACCUUAGCAUGAUCAUGACUAAUCACUAUCACUAACAAUCUCUUCCUCACUCUCCCCCUCUUCUUCCUCUUCACUCAAUCCAAAAGUAUAUCCCUCCCGUUUCUCAAGGAACAUUGCUCCUCCAGCUUUCUGUACAGUCUCCCAUACUUUUUCUCCUUCUGCAAGGACACAAGGGAUCGUUUGGCGGGGGUAUGCUGUGACGAGCGUGAAUGGCCAAUCACCGACUUCUUCUUCCCCUAUGAUAUCUGAAAUACGAGUGCCAUUGGCAUUG